AUGGACACACUCGACAGACCAGAUCAGGAUGACCUCUCUGAGCAGGACCCCGCCAUCCUGGAGCGUGUUGUCUGGAGGAAACUUGAUAGAUGGGUUCUUCCUAUGUGCACCGCGUUUCACUUGAUUUCUUUCUUCGACAGGAGUAACAUUGGGAAUGCGCGUGUUGCCGGUAUGCAGACAGCGCUGAAAAUUUCAAACUAUCAAUACACCAUGGCUUUGACGGUCACCUAUGUCCCCUUCAUUCUUAUGGAGUUACCAUCAAACCUGAUCUUAAAAUAUGUCGGACCAAAUCUUACGUUACCUACUAUGGUUACCUUGUGGGGUAUAGUUGCUACAAUGCAGGGACUUGUUACUAGUUACACUGGACUCCUUUUAUGUCGAUUCUUUCUGGGCUUGACUGAAGGUGCCCUCUUUCCAGGGCUUGUCCUUUACCUUUCUACUUUCUACCCCAGAGAAAGAUUGCAGUUCAGGGUAACUACUUUCUAUGCCUCAGCAUCAUUAUCGGGCGCCUUCUCUGGUUUGCUAGCCACUGCUAUAACCCAGAUGAACGGAGUAGGUGGGAAACCUGGGUGGGCAUGGAUAUUCAUCCUUGAGGGAUUGUUCACCUUUAUAUUCGGUAUCUUCUCAUUUCUUGUUCUGCCUCGAUCCCCAGAGACUGCGUACUUCUUAUCUUCGGAGGAAAGAUCAUAUAUUGUCUCGAAACUCAAGAGUAGUAGGGCUAUCUCUGAUGAUGACAGGGAGGAUCACUUCAGCUGGAUAGAAGUGCUGAGAGCAAUUCAUUCACCACAAGUUUUGAUGCUCUGUGUUGCCGUAUUUUUUAACGGAACACUGCUGUAUGGGCUUGCAUUCUUUGAGCCAACAAUCGUCGCUGGCUUAGGGUACACAGGCAAUCAGGCACAGCUGAUGAGUGUUCCCCCUUUCGCCGUUGCAUUCUCAGCCUCUAUAAUUUCUGCAUUCAUUUCUGAUCAGUAUGGUUGCCGUGGCCUUACAGUGAUAUUUUUCGCAAUCUGGGGCAUAAUCGGGUUUUCCAUGUUCUAUGCAACCACUUCCCACCACAUCCAAUAUGCUUCACUCUUCUUCUCUGUGACUGGUCCGUAUACAAGUGCUCCAGCUGCCUUCACUUGGGCCGCAAAUAACAGUGCACCACACAUCCGGCGAGCAAGCAGCAUUGCCUUCGUCACUGCUGCAGGUAACCUAGGUGGCAUUCUUGCCACCUGGUUGCUUGGCUCCCUGUCACCUGCUCCUGAAUAUACCGCAGCUACGAUCACAUUCAUCUCCAUCUCCAUUGGUCUGGUUGUAGUUUCGUCUCUAAAUUUGUUUUACCUCUCACAGGAGAACCGUGCGAAGGCAGAGACGAGGCUUUCUAUGGCAAAACAUGAUGAACCUGGGUGUUUGGGAGAUCGUAGCGCAUGGUUCGUGUACACUUUGUAG